AUCAGACCGGCGGCGUUAAGAGGUUGUUAUGGAGAAGUAGGAUUGGCUACUUUCGUCCGGCUCCUGGCCACGAAGUAAACAAACCUGCUGGUUUCGACGAGCACCGAUACCGACUGACCGGAUAGGCAUCCAGGGCAAACAUGAGCAGCGUCUCCACCGACAGGAAGCCCCUUGUGGACUAUGGGGUUCAGAUCCGCUUCAUCAACGACCUCCAUGACACCGGCGGUGGGCACGUGGAAAAAUCCAAAGCCAAUAUUACUGCCGCUCCUUCCAGUAAAUAUGGAGUCGCUGUGCGUGUUCAAGGGAUCUCUGGUCAGCCUUACGUUGUCCUCAAAGACGGGGAGAAAGGUGACUCCUAUGGGGUUCAACUCAACACUCCUGCCCCUCACUCCAGCCCCACCUCUCCGUACAACAGUCUUCCCAAAAGAAGAAACUCUGCAGAUGUAUCGAACCCCUAUGGUACUGUAGUGAUGACUAGUCCCUCUCCAGUGUCGGCAACAGAGGAUGAGGAUGGAGAGAUUUUCAGCAGCCCGUUGAGGAGACCUCCCGGAGAUGGUCAAGCAGGCACUCAGGGAGAGGAGAAGGAAACUGUUGAGAGGUCAAAAUCUCAGACAAACCUCAAAGCAAAAGUUGCCGAAGCUGGGAAAAGUAAGCUCAGCAAUGAGGAGUACAACGAAGCUGGCUUGAAACCUGUCAAACUGAACAGCGCUGCACCUCUGGGAAGACAAGGCGAAAGAAAGCUGAGCUCAAAGUCACGCUCCGAAUCCUUCCCGGAUCCCUUUUCAACUCAGAGUGAAUCAGUUCCGGCGAUAGACACAAACUCUCUGGCUCCAAUAAACAAGCUCAUCAGCAAGUUCAACAGCGGAACACCAGGCGCCCAACAGGUCCGAGGUCGCAGUGGUGCUCGCCAGCGACUCAGGUUCGAUGACCGCAGGCGCUCCAGAAGCCUUGAUGCUCGGAAAGAACCUCCUGUUGAGGUUCCUCCUCCUUCGCCAACCAUAAAUCCCUAUGCUCCCACUGAGUCGAUCCUCUCAAGGUCACCUGUUCCAUUCAGCGCCAGUCUGGGGAGGAACAACCCACCUGUUGUCAAGGUCACGGCACGAGAGGCUGCUAAAGUGAGCACGAAGUCCCCAGUGACGCUGGCCACCACGGAAACAAAUCCACCCACAACAAAGAAACCUAGCGUCCCUCAUCGCUCUCAAAGCAUAGAGAUGCUCACCACAGAAGAGGCUCACUUCAAACAAGCCGUCUAUAACAUCCUCAAAGACGGCAGUGGUGAAACCGAAGCAGAUCUGAAAAGAAAAGUGAACCUCCUCUUUGAGACCAGCUGCAGGUUAAAGAAGGCAGGAUCUGUAGCAAGCCAUAAGAAGGAGAAGCCUGAGGAAACUGAGGAUGAACUCAGCCGCCACCGAGACCAACUUCUGCAGGCUCAUAAUGAGAUCACUGAGGAGCGAAUGGCCCGGGAGGCUGCAGAGUCUCGUCUGCGUCUGCAAGAAGACCAGCUGGCUGAACUCCAGGAGGAGCUGCGAAGGGUUUCCGAUAUGCCUCACUCAGACUCGCUGCACACGGAAGUGCUGACUCUGCAAGCUGACCUGGCUGAAGCGGCAAUGUUACGCCAGCGCCAGGAGGAGACGCUGCACCAGAGAGAGCGAGAGCUGACUGCCCUGAAGGGGGCGCUGAAGGAGGAGGUGGAGUGCCACGAUAAAGAGAUGGAGACUCUGAGGGAGCAGUACAGGCUGGACAUGGAGAAACUGAGGAGAACCAUGGAGCAGGUGACUCAGUCCCAGGAGCAGAUUGAGGAGGAGAGGGAGCGUGUGAACGCCUCCAUAUUCACACUGGAAGAGGAGCUGGAGAGCUAUAGAAACCAGGAGGAAGACUGGAAGACACAGCUGCAGGAGACUUCACAAGAGCUGAGCAGCACCAUGGAGAAGAACAGGAAGCGCCUCAGCACUCAAACGCUGCAGAAGUCCAACGAGGAGAAGCUCAAGUGCGAAGGUGAGCUGAAGAACCUCAAGGAUGAUGUGAAGAGGCUGAAGUCUGAAGAUCAGAGUCAAUUAGCUGAGGAGCUUCAACGUUGCAUGGACGACCUGGAUCAAGCUCGCGCUGAUUUGGACAGGCUCAAGAGCGAGUUGGACGAGAAGAGCGAAGAACUUGAAGCUCUGAAGAAGUCCAGCGGAGAGCGAGAGGCUGAGUUGGAGUCUCAGAUCGACAGGCUGAAGACGCAGAUGCAGAAGGACAAGGCAGAGCUGCAGGAAGACCUCAAGAGAGCCAAGGAGCAGACAACAGCCACCAGUUCUGUAGGAAAGACAGUAGUGGACCUUGGUUCCAAUGUGGAGCUCCAGGAAGCUAACAAUCGCCUCAGGGAGAGGCUGGCACGCAUGCGAAACCACUCUACAGCUUCCAAGGGCCCUGAAACAGAAGAGGCAGUGGAGGCCCUGGAAGAUGAGAACCGCUCCCUCAAGAACCAGCUGGAGGAGGCCAAGAGAGGAGUCACCCGCAUGAGCAAAGAGAGAGAGGAGCUGACCCGACGUCUAGAGGAGAGGGACCUGGAGAGGGAAGCUCUACGGAGAGGAAAGAACGACCUGGAGGAGCAGAAGAGGCUCCUGGACCGCGCACUGGAGAAGAUCAGCAAAGAGAUGGAGAUGAUGAUGGGGGACUCGCGUCAGUCGGUUUCAACUCUCCAGACUCAGCUGGAUGAAUAUAGAGAGCGCUCCCGGAAGGACCUACUGGAAGCUCAGCGCAACAACAAGGACAGAGUGGCCGAACUGCAGAGAACUCAGAGCAGUUUGAAGAGUCAGCAGGAGGAGGUGUCCCGUCUGAAGAAGGAGCUGCUGACCUGCAGUGAGGAGAGGGACAGUGCUCAGUUGGAGCGAGACCUCCUGGGCAACCGCCUCAAGCACUUGGAAGAUGAGCUGGAAACUGAGAAGAGCACUCACACUGACCGCAGCAGGGAGGUCAGGUGUCUGGAGGAUAAAAUAAAGACUCUGGAGAUCGAGCUGGACGAGGAGAGAAGCGGUGCAGAGCUACUGAAUGACCGGAUCUCACGCAGCAGAGAUCAGGUCGACCAGCUGCGGACAGAGCUCAUGCAGGAGAGGUCAGCCAGGCACGACCUGGAGAUGGACAAGAGUGCGAUGGAGCGACAGGUGAAGGAGCUGAAGUCACGUGUGGCAGACAUGGAGGGGCAACCGCGGCACAGCCCGGGGAUGGCUCUUCUGGAAGUCAAAAUUCAGGAGUUGGAAGAGAGGCUGCGCAGCGAAGAGAGGGAGAAGGCCAGUAUCCAGGGAGCGCAGAGGCGAACUGAGCGAAGGCUGAAGGAGCUGAAUGCCAUUCUGGACCAGGAGAGGAGUCAGCACAGCGAGCAGAGAGACCAGCUGUCUCUACGUGUAAAGGCAUUGAAGCGUCAAGUGGACGAGAGCGAGAGCGAAGUGGAGCGGCUGGAGGGUGUCCGGCGGAAGGUUCUCCGGGACCUGGAGGAGCAGCAGGAGCUGCAGGAGGCACUGCAGGCUAAAGUCUCAGCCCUGGAGACGGAGCUGAAGAGGAAGGUCCAGCAGUCGCACCGCACCGCCCUGAGCUCCAGCGCUCUGAGCUCUGAGGACGAGGGGAGUGUUUACGACGCAUUCCUGAACGACAGUCACCUGCAGACCAGCAACUGCUAGACCACCACAAGCAACUCUCACACUGAAGGAUCUCAGGUCCAAAAACACACGAGCUGUGUGGAAUGUUUUUCUGCCUGAAGACACUGUGGCUGGUUAGUGAUGGCUCUCCAUCAAUCACAUCAGAGGACAGCAAUAUAACAACUUCUGGUUUCUGGAAGCUUUUAAAAACAAGCUUUUCUCACUGUUUUUAUUACUAACUGUUCAGUCAAUGAAUGUACUGCGUUGCAUGGUUUUUUUUUCAGCCACUUCCCCUCAGUUAUCGUGUUGUGAAGCAACCAGCAUCAAAACAAACAAACAUCACACUCUCAAAGCUUCUGUGAGGUUGGAACCGUUGACAUGUGGCUGAUCACAUCCUGCUGCAUGCUCUGCUGUCUUUUCGUUGAAACUGGGACCUUCAAUGAGAUUCUAGUCCACAAAGCAUGCUUUCACUCAAAGCCUUAAAGUGAUUAUGUCACACAUUUUUUGUUUCUGCCGCUUUCAUGUGUUUGUGUCUCCCAUGUUUGGUACAGACAGAGUAAUUUAAUUGUGUUGUUAAACCUGGUUUAGUUGUGACACUGUUUGUUGUCUGGUGUAAAGCUUUGUACAUUUUUGACAGAUCUUUUCAAAUGUCUUUAAACAAUUAAAAAAAGUGUUGUA